CCUCUGCUGCAAGGACACCACUGCUGUGUUGGAUUUACAAAGGGCUGCUCACAUGCUCAUGCAUCAAAACACUGUCUGUGCAGUCCUGGAACCGCCCUGCCCUGCUUCUACUAAACCUUAGCAUAGCCUUAUCGUAUUUGCGAGGACACGGGCACAAUUUUAAUCAUAAACCUGACCUCACAAAUCCGUUUGUAGUUCUGUGAUGUGGGGCGUGCGUGCCACUCAUACUACUAAUCCCUGGAUCCUCAGAGAAGGACCAUGAUUUCUGGGACGGUGUUGCCAGGGGAAAGGUGGCGCCUGGGACCUGUUGGAAAUGACAGCUAAAGAAGGCGGAUUGAAGCACAGGGAUCACAAAAACAGUAAACGUGGAAGAUAGCGAAGAAACUCCCUCGCGUCAUUGUGUAAAGGGGUUGUAUAGAUGGAGUCCCUGAUGAGUGCGGUGACGCCGCGCUCCCCAGCCCCUGCCAAGAAGCUAUCCGAGGUGGACUUUCGGUCAGGGGCCACCCUGGAGCAGUUGUCAGCCCAGGUGUCUGAGCUGGUACUUCUGGAACAGGGAGAGUUUGGAGACCAGACUGCCUUAGAGGUCCACACUGCCAAGGACUUUAUCUUCAACAUGCUAGGCUUAGUCCAGAAGGUAGACCAGCGCCUCCCGGUGGCCAACGAGUACCUGCUGCUGUCAGGCGGGGCCCGGGAGGGAGUCUUGGACCUCAACCCCGAGGACUUGGGGGACUAUGCCAAAGGGGCCGACUUUGACCUGGACUUCACCCUGCUGGUGCCCGCCCUGAAGCUCCAUGACCGCAACCAGCCUGUCACCUUGGAUAUGAGGCACUCCCCACCCUGCCACUCGUGGCUCAGCCUUCGCCUCUGCGACUCCAGUGUCCUGUCCCGCUGGAGCAUCUGCUGCCAGGAGGAGAAUGGACUUCCCACUGAGGAAGACGAGGAGGAAGAGGGAGAAAUGAGUAAAGGCUCUAUCCCCUCCCUGGUCUCUCCUCAGUCUCUGGAUGGAUGCUACUUCUCUCCCACCCUGGUGACAGACUGGUUCUGGGGAGUGGUGAGCGAGGCUGUGGAGGAGCUGAGGCGCAGCCCCCAGAGAGGCAUUCCCACCCCGGACCGACUGGAGAGGAAUGGACCCCUCACCACUAUCAUCCUCCAGGCAGGCUCUAGCCGGGUGCUGUACGACCUGCUGCCUGUGGUGUCAUUUCGGGGCUGGCCCGCUGUGGCCCAAGGCUGGCUGACCGCCAACCACUUCUGGGAUGGUAAAAUCACAGAGGAGGAGGCCAUAUCUGGCUUCUAUCUGCUGCCCUGCUGCUCCCCGCUGGGUGGUCGGCCCGACAGGGAGUGGAGGCUGGCCUUCUCACGCAGCGAGGUUCAGUUGAAGAAGUGCAUCCCCUACCCCAUGGCUCAAGCUUACCAAGCAGCCAAAGCUGUGUUGUCUCGUAUCCUUGCCCGUCCUCGUGCGGGCCUCAGCCUCUAUCACCUGCGUACCCUUCUCUUCUGGGCCUGUGACCGACUUCCUGCCGCCUACUUGUCCUGCCCUGACGUUGACACCCCUGGCCGCCUCCUCCUGGGUCUCCUGGAUGACCUGGCUCAUUGCAUCCUGGGCAAAAACUGCCCAAACUACUUCCUGCCCCAGUGCAACAUGUUGGAGCACCUGACAGACAGCCAGGCGCUGCUUGUCGCCAGGAAACUCGCCCACGUGCGUUCUGAUCCCAGCGAGCACCUCCGGGCGGCUCUGGACCAAGCCCAGCAGGCGGGCCAGCUGAAGAAGGAGCUAACAGCUAGCACCAACGGCCACGGCUCCCCCGGGCACCACCCAGCCAAUGGCAUCAUCUCACCUUCGGAGGACAAGCUGGCGCAGCGACUGCAGCAGCUGGUCACUGAGAACCCUGGAAAAUCCAUAUCCGUCUUCCUCAACCCUGACGAUGUCACCAGGCCACACUUCCGCAUUGAUGACAAGUUCUACUGAUGCAGACAUGCUGCAAAGGACGUGUGGAAAUGUGUGUGUUUAGCUUACAAACACACUCUGAAAAUGCUCUGAGCCGUCACAUCAGAGGGUACGGAGACUGAAAAUCAGGCAGGUGUUUUUCUUGCAGGCCUGGAACUGAACACCCUCCUCCUGCUCACCAUCCUAAGGCUGAACAAUGCAACAAAGCUUUGCUGCUUGACUGACUCUUUAAACCAAAAACUCACAUGUCCUACUACUGACAAUGACGUCCAAUUUGGCGGACAUCGCACAACAGACCCGAUGUCCUUAACGAGACUUAUCAGCUGGUGCUACUGGGCUUUAGUCAUGUGAAAUAAGUCCAGUGGAGAUCAACACAGAGAGAGUGUGUGUUUAUGUGUGUAUAUGUACGCCUAAGGGUUUUCACAUAUUACUUAUCCUUCUAAAGACAGAGGGAGAAAAGCUCGUUGAUUGCUGCAUUUCUCCCCUCUGUAUUUUAGAUCAGAGAGUGGGUGAUGGCUGAAUUAGAAAGGAAAAACAAGGUGUGGCUGAUGUAACUGAAUGUAAUGUUGUGAGGAGAACUGCAGAGGCUUUGAACAGAGUCUCUUUUCUCUGUCAGCUACGUUUUAGCCCUCUUUUUUGCUCCCCACGCCUUGAUUUAUGGCAGGUUUUUCAUUUAAAGAAAUCUUUCUCAGGUAUUCAUAAUACUUAUUAUUAUAAUUAUUAUUAUUUUUAUGUAUAUGAUUCCCUUUUAGGGUUUUUAACUAUAUUUCAAUGCCACUUACAUUUCAUUGGGUAAAAGAAUGUACCAAAGAGCUGUUUGAGCUGUUUUGCAUAGAGAAACACAGGUCUUACAUAUCCCUAAACAUCUUAAUUUGGUCCAACUUGAUGAAUCUACUGAGUCAUGGUCAGAAUUUCAAUUUACCUUUUCUCCUUCUGGAGGCCCGGUCACUCCGGCAUUUAAAACGGCGAAAUUUCGCAGCAAAAUCAAUUAAUUCCAAUGGAAUGGUCACGAUAAGUGGAUUUGCUCGCGAGUCGAAGUAAAUGCUGACGUUUGAGGGAACAGAGAACCAUAGAGUCAACAGUGGAGGAAGGUAUUAGCUUAUUGGCUGUGUUACACCAUCCAGUUUUAUUUUACCUUCUCUGUUGGAGUAUAAUCUGCACCACAAAAGAUAGUUUGCAGAGUUAUGAAACAGGAGUCAAUGGUACAAAUACGUCUCUUGAAAAUACUGUGUGAACAUAUCCUGUUAGCAACCGAGUAAGCUAGCUAAUGUGUUUGCUUACUGACAAUUAGCAAGCAGUUAGCAAACUUGUUUCCCCCCCUCUCCACUAGAACUCUUUACUGAAUGAAAUGAAUGAGAACAAAAUGCCAGGGGGAGUAAAUGGCCCAGUACAGAGAAAGAAGCUCGGUGAGGCUAGCAUUAGCAGUUAGUUCGCGAGCUACAAUUGUUCACCAACUAGCACUACGAGUAAUUACUACCAGAGCUUGAUUAUUUUAUCAACUUAUCGAUUAAUCGU